CUCUAAGACAUUUCCAAAAAGUAUCAAUUCUAUGUUUUAUAUGUCUUCAAUCGUUUUCAAGAUAAAAGGGAGAACAAGAGUCGUGAAAUUAUUUUCCUUCCCCCCUCAACAGAAGUAAACUCGUCCAUGUACUGCUCCUUCCAGCGAGCAUUUCUCCCGCGCAAGCGCAGUUUAAAUCACGUGGUGGUAGCGGGCUUGAGGCCCCGUUAAGACCUUACCCGUGGCCGCUGGAAUAUCUGUCUGGGUAGCAGAGCUUGGAACCGACCUGGAGGAUGUUGGGCUCAAAGAACAUGCCCUGGCGGCGGCUGCAGGGCAUUUCCUUCGGGAUGUAUUCAGCCGAAGAGCUCAAGAAGUUAAGCGUCAAGUCCAUCACGAACCCUCGGUAUCUGGAUAGCCUGGGGAACCCUUCGGCAAAUGGCCUGUAUGACUUAGCCCUGGGCCCUCCGGAUUCCAAAGAGGUGUGCUCCACCUGUGUGCAGGACUUCAACAACUGCCCCGGGCACCUGGGCCACAUCGAACUCCCGCUCACUGUGUACAAUCCUCUGCUCUUUGAUAAACUUUACCUGCUGCUCCGGGGAUCCUGUUUAAACUGUCACAUGCUGACUUGUCCCCGGGCUGUGAUUCACCUCCUACUCUGCCAGCUGAGAGUUCUGGAAGUCGGGGCCCUGCAAGCAGUGUACGAGCUCGAGAGAAUUCUAUACAGGUUUCUGGAAGAAAAUCCUGAUCCUACGGCCUCUGAAAUUCAGGAGGAGUUAGAGCAGUAUACAGCCACAAUCGUACAGAACAACCUCUUGGGAUCCCAUGGCUCACAUGUGAAAAACGUCUGCGAGAGCAGGAGCAAGCUCAUUGCUUCUUUCUGGAAGGCGCACAUGACUGCCAAGCGAUGCCCCCACUGCAGAACCGGGCGGUCAGUUGUCCGCAAGGAGCACAACAGCAAACUGACGAUCACGUACCCAGCCAUGGUACACAGGAAGGCUGACCAGAAGGACGCCGAGCCUCAGGCUCCAGGAAUCGAGGAAGCUCAGAUGGGAAAACGAGGAUACUUGACGCCCUUGAGUGCCCAAGAUCAUCUCAUUGCCCUCUGGAAGAACGAAGGGUUCUUUCUGAAUUACCUCUUUUUGGGACUGGAAGAUGUUGGCCUGGAAUCCAGGUUCAAUCCCAGUAUGUUCUUUCUGGAUUUCUUGGUGGUGCCCCCCUCAAGGUAUCGGCCCGUCAACCGCCUAGGGGACCAGAUGUUUACCAACGGCCAGACGGUGAACCUGCAGGCUGUCAUGAAGGACGUGGUUCUGAUCCGAAAGCUUCUGGCGUUGAUGGCUCAAGAACAGGAGCUGCCGUGUGAGGUGGCGGCACCAGCUCCAGAUGAGGAAAAAGACUCUUCGACUGCUAUGGACCGAUCCUUUUUGAGUCUGCUUCCAGGCCAGUCCCUCACAGACAGACUUUACAACAUUUGGAUUCGCCUUCAGAGCCACGUCAAUAUUGUGUUUGACAGCGAGAUGGACAAAUUAACAAUGGAAAAGUACCCUGGCAUUAGACAGAUCUUGGAGAAGAAGGAUGGCUUAUUCCGAAAGCACAUGAUGGGAAAGCGAGUAGACUACGCAGCCCGCUCGGUCAUCUGCCCAGACAUGUAUAUCAACACCAACGAAAUUGGAAUUCCCAUGGUGUUUGCCACAAAGCUGACCUACCCUCAGCCGGUCACCCCCUGGAACGUUCAGGAACUGAGGCAGGCAGUCAUCAACGGGCCCACCGUGCACCCAGGGGCCUCCAUGGUCAUCAACGAAGACGGCAGCCGCACAGCCCUGAGUGCCUCGGACCUCACCCAGCGGGAAGCCGUGGCCAAACAGCUCCUGACGCCCGCCACGGGGGCACCCAAGCCCCAGGGGACAAAAAUUGUGUGCCGGCAUGUGAAAAAUGGAGACAUUCUCCUCCUGAACCGACAGCCCACCCUGCACCGGCCCUCCAUCCAGGCGCAUCGUGCCCGCAUCCUGCCCGAGGAAAAGGUCCUGCGGCUCCACUAUGCCAACUGCAAGGCCUACAAUGCUGACUUUGAUGGAGACGAGAUGAACGCCCACUUCCCUCAGAGUGAACUGGGCCGGGCCGAGGCCUACGUCCUGGCUUGCACAGACCAACAGUACCUUGUGCCCAAGGAUGGCCAACCACUGGCAGGAUUGAUCCAAGAUCACAUGGUUUCAGGGGCAAACAUGACCAUCCGAGGCUGCUUUUUCACUCGGGAGCAGUAUAUGGAGCUGGUGUACCGGGGACUCACAGACAAAGUAGGGCGCGUGAAGCUCUUUCCUCCCGCCAUCCUGAAGCCCUUUCCACUGUGGACAGGAAAGCAGGUCGUGUCCACGCUGCUCAUCAACAUAAUCCCGGAGGACCAGAUCCCACUGAACUUAUUGGGAAAGGCAAAGAUUGGUGGCAAAGCUUGGGUGAAGGAGGCUCCUCGGCCCGUUCCCGGCUUUAACCCCAACUUGAUGUGCGAGUCCCAGGUGGUCAUCAGGGACGGGGAGCUGCUGUGCGGGGUGCUGGACAAGGCACAUUACGGGAGCUCCGCCUACGGCCUGGUCCACUGCUGCUACGAGAUCUAUGGCGGGGAGACCAGCGGCAAGGUUCUCACUUGCCUGGCCCGCCUCUUCACCGCCUACCUGCAGCUCUAUAGAGGCUUCACCUUGGGCGUGGAGGACAUUUUGGUCAAGCCGAGGGCUGAUGUCCGGAGACACAGGAUCAUUGAAGAGUCCACCCGCUGUGGUCCCCGGGCUGUCAGGGCCGCAUUAAACUUGCCAGAAGCGGCAUCGUGUGAUGAAGUCCGAGGGAAAUGGCAGGAUGCCCAUCUGAGCAAAGACCAGAGGGAUUUUAACAUGAUUGAUCUGAAGUUCAAGGAGGAAGUGAACCAUCACAGCAAUGAAAUUAACAAGGCGUGCAUGCCUUUGGGCCUGCACAGACAGUUCCCAGAGAACAACUUGCAGAUGAUGGUCCAGUCGGGAGCCAAGGGUUCAACUGUGAACACCAUGCAGAUCUCGUGCCUGCUGGGUCAGAUCGAACUGGAAGGCCGGAGACCCCCACUGAUGGCAUCCGGCAAGUCUCUGCCCUGCUUCGAGCCUUAUGAGUUCACCCCCAGGGCUGGCGGCUUCGUCACUGGCAGAUUCCUUACAGGCAUCAGGCCUCCUGAGUUCUUCUUCCACUGCAUGGCCGGGCGAGAGGGGCUGGUGGACACUGCGGUGAAGACCAGCCGCUCGGGCUAUCUCCAAAGGUGCAUCAUCAAGCACCUGGAGGGGCUGGUCGUCCAGUAUGACCUGACGGUCCGGGACAGCGACGGCAGCGUGGUGCAGUUCCUGUACGGGGAGGACGGCCUGGACAUCCCCAAGACACAGUUCCUGCAGCCCAAGCAGUUCCCCUUCCUUGCCAGCAACUACGAGGUGAUAAUGAAAUCGAAGCAUCUCCGUGAGGUUUUAUCCAAAGCAGAGCCCAAAAAAGCUCUCCGCCACUUCAGAGCCAUCAAGAAAUGGCAAAGCAGACAUUCUAACUCCCUGCUGAGGGAGGGCGCCUUCUUGAACUAUUCCCAGAAGAUUCAGGCAGCUGUGAAAGCUUUGAACCUCGAGGGCGCAAACCAGAACGGCCGCAGCCCUGAGACUCACCAGGUGUUGAGGAUGUGGAGUGAGUUGGAUGAGCAAAGCCGAAGGAAAUACCAGAAGAAGGCGGCUCCUUGUCCCGACCCCAGUCUGUCUGUGUGGCGCCCGGACAUCUACUUCGCAUCAGUGUCAGAAACGUUUGAGAAGAAGAUGGAUGACUACAGCCUUGAGUGGGCAGCCCAGGCAGAGAAGAGUCACGAGAAGUCGGAGCUCUCUCUCGAAAGGUUGAGGACUCUGCUGCAGCUGAAGUGGCAGCGCUCGCUGUGCGACCCAGGUGAGGCCGUGGGCCUGCUGGCCGCCCAGAGCAUCGGGGAGCCCUCCACACAGAUGACCCUGAACACCUUCCACUUUGCCGGCAGAGGCGAGAUGAACGUCACCCUGGGCAUCCCAAGGUUGAGGGAGAUCCUCAUGGUGGCCAGCGCCAACAUCAAGACGCCCAUGAUGAGUGUGCCUGUGUUCAACACCAGGAGAGCGCUGAAGAAAGUGAAAAGCCUGAAGAAGCAACUCACCAGGGUGUGCCUCGGGGAGGUGUUGGAGAAAAUUGACGUCCAGGAGUCCUUCUCUAUGGGAGAGAAACAGGCCAAGUUCCGGGUGUAUCAGCUGCGGUUUCAGUUCCUGCCAUACGCCUGCUACCAGCAGGAGAAGUGCCUGAGACCCGAGGAUAUCCUGCACUUCAUGGAAACAAGAUUCUUUAAAAUUCUGAUGGAAUCCAUCAAGAAGAAGAACAAUAAAGCAUCAACUUUUAGGAACGUGAACACACGGAGAGCUACCCAGCGGGAUCUGGAUGACUCUGGGGAGUCAGAGAGGACUCGGGGAGAUCGGGAAGGUGACGAUGAAGAGGAGGGGCACAUUGUGGAUGCCGAAGCAGAGGAGGGAGAUGCUGACGCCUCGGAUGCCAAACGCAAGGAGAAACAAGAGGAGGAGGUCGAUUACGAGAGUGAGGAGGACGAGGAGAAGGAGGAGGACGAGAAGGAGGACGAGGACAUCCAGGAGGAAGGGAGCAUCCGAGGAGAAGGUUUCCACCAGGAGCAGGAGGAGGAGGAGGGCUUGGGCCCGGAGGAGGACUCACUCCCUGCAGCCCCCCUGACGCAGCCUCGGAAGCCCACCCGCAGCCGGGAGCCCCAGGGCGCCGAGGCAGUGGAGCGCCGGGUGCGGGCCGUGCGAGAGUGCCACCCACUCAUCGAGGACUACCAGUAUGACACCGAGGCCAGCCUGUGGUGCCAGGUGACAGUGAAGCUCCCGCUCAUGAAGGUCAACUUUGACAUGAGCUCCCUGGUAGUGUCCUUGGCACAAGGCACUGUCGUCUAUGCGACCAAGGGCAUCACGCGGUGCCUCCUGAAUGAAACCACCAACAGUAAGAAUGAGAAGGAGCUGGUCUUAAACACGGAAGGCAUCAACCUCCCGGAGCUGUUCAAGUACGCUGAGGUCCUGGAUUUGCGCCGCCUCUAUUCCAAUGACAUCCACGCGAUGGCCAACACAUAUGGCAUCGAGGCAGCGCUGCGGGUGAUCGAGAAGGAGAUCAAGGACGUGUUCGCCGUGUACGGUAUCGCCGUGGACCCCCGCCACCUCUCCCUGGUCGCUGACUAUAUGUGCUUCGAGGGUGUUUACAAGCCACUGAACCGCUUUGGGAUCCGGUCCAACUCCUCCCCUCUGCAGCAGAUGACGUUUGAAACCAGCUUCCAAUUUCUGAAGCAGGCCACCAUGAUGGGGUCCCACGACGAGCUGAGGUCUCCGUCCGCCUGCCUCGUGGUCGGGAAGGUUGUCAGAGGUGGGACGGGCCUGUUUGAGCUCAAGCAGCCCCUGAGAUAACAGCCUCCAUGCACCCUGCGCCUGGCCUGCUGAGAACCAGGGACUGGUGACAGCGCAGAGCCUGGCAGUAACCUUGGGGGAGUCCAAAGAGCAACUGGCCUCUGGGCUGGACCAGCUUCACCUGGGAAGUGGCUGCAUUGCUCAUCCUUGCUCCCCUCCAUCUCAGGAUGCAAACAUUCUCCUCCAAGUCAGUCAUCAAGGUGGCCAGACCUCCCCGCUGUGCUACAGGAGGCCUCAGAGGGGGAAUCCCUGCCCCCCGACCCCCCCACCCCAGGGUAGAGAGGACUCACUGCUAUGAAUAGGCAGUGACCACAGCCAGGAUUCCUGGGACUCAGGCCAUUCUUGCUGCCCCACAGCCCACUCCUCCCAGCUGCACCAGCCCCUGGGGAAAGACUUCCCAAGGAGGCUUCCGCUCAGCCUCUUUCCCUGGAUGAAGCACAGCAUGGCAGAGACCUCCACCCACGCAGCUUUUGUGCCUGAGGCAGAGCCCUGGCCCUGCUGGUGUGUGGCUACGUGUCCUUCUAGACCAGAUCAGCCCUGAGUCUGGGGCUGGUCUCUCUGGGGCCACAGCUGCUCACUCCACGCAGAAAACCCUGAAUCGCCAGUCCAGCCGCCUCUUUUGAACAAGUUGCUGGGCUCCCUGCCUUGCUCUGCUCUCAGUCUAGCACUGAGGCCUGCAUCCCUCUCUACAGGCUGUACCCCAUCCGGGGUCGUCCGGCCUCCCCUGAUCUCUGGCACCAGCAGCAGGGGGCCCUGGCAUGAACAGAAAAGUCAGAGGACUUGUCCCAAGACUUUGUAAAAUCAGGGGCUGGUUCUAUUUUUGUCUAAUGUUAUUCCAGCUCAGGCUGAGUAAUAAACAUCACUGGGAGGGAAAUUUUUUUCAAAUA